UGAAAUGGUUAACAAACAUUUGUGUUGUAUCUUGUACUUAUUACUUUGCAGACAAAUAAAAUCAAACGAAUUAAGACAGUAAAAAUAGAACAGUCAAAACAGAGUUCCAAAAAUUUUCAGUUAAUUAAUGUCUUGAAAAUUGGAUUGACAUAUUGUAUUACAACUAAAAUUAACGUUCAUCAUAAAUGUUUGAUACUGCGAAUACGAUGGACUUGUGCGACAGCUCUGCCCCUGAGGACAGCAGAACCUUGACAGUGUGUCGUCGUGUCGAGCUGCCACGUUCUAGAUGCAAUGGAGGAGAAAAACCACCUUACAAAAAUGCUCAUCACACUCAGAAAGCUUUUGAAGUGAUGAACAUCUUGAGAAAACAAAACCUGCUGUGUGAUAUUAUUCUGGUUGCUGAUGGGGUUGAAAUUCCUGCACAUAAAAUGAUAUUAGCUUCCUGCAGCUCAUACUUUUAUGCUAUGUUUACUGGAUUUACUGAGAGUAAAGCUGAGAGGAUCACCUUACAAGGAAUCGACGGCCAAGCUCUGCAGCUAUUAAUAGAUUAUGUUUAUUCAGCAGAGGUUGAAGUUACUGAGGAUAAUGUUCAGGUUCUGCUCCCAGCUGCUAAUCUUCUUCAGCUAACAGACGUUAGAGAUGCUUGCUGUGACUUCUUGCAGACCCAACUACAUCCUUCUAACUGUUUGGGGAUCAGGGCUUUUGCUGACCUACACGGCUGUAUGGAAUUGCUAUCUUAUGCUGAAUCUUACACAGAGCAACACUUUGUGGAGGUAGUUGAAAGUGAAGAAUUCCUAGCUCUGUCUCCAACACAUGUCUGUAAGCUUAUAGCAAGUGAUAGACUGGCUGUACCGUCAGAAGAGAAGGUGUAUAUAUUUU